AACAUAAAAAGAAAACGUAAAUUUUGUUUAAGACAAUACUGUGAUUUCCUACCUGCAAGCGAAGCAAUAGUAAUAAAAAGUAAAAACAAAACAAGUAAAGUUAACCUCAAAAAGGAUGAUACUAUCCAAAAUAAAAUCAAGAAUAUUUCUAAGGAAUUUAGAGUUAAUGAAGUUAACAUACAAAUGGUUUCUAAGAAUAUAUAUGAGCAGUUGUUUAAAAAAACGUCUAAAGCUGUAGAUCCAAAUAUAAUUCAAAAAUGCCAAGAGGAUUUGUUAAAACAUGGUAUAAAUUAUAAAGAUUACAGCAGCAUACCAGAUGUAGAGUUAAAAUUGCCUAAACUAGAAGGGAAUGAUAUUGAGGAGCAUUUCUACAACAUUGGUGAAAGACAAAGCGCUCCAUAUAGAACAUUGUUAAAUAAAUUAGCUAAAAGUAAACUACCUCCAUUACCAAAGAAAUGGUCAAGGACAAAAGGUUGGUGUAAAUAUACAAGCACUGGUCCUCCUGAACCAGUACCAUAUCCACCUGAUGAUGCUCUGAUCUUUGAUGUGGAGGUCCUCAUGUCGGCGGGCAAAAGGCCCACUUUGGCAUGUGCUGUAUCAUCCGAGGCUUGGUACGGAUGGGUUAGUACACGUGUAGCAAAUGGAGAUCCUCAAGAAUAUUUUAAUAAUGUAAACUAUGAGGACUUAAUACCGCUAGAAACUGAUGAAUCAGAGUUAAAUGUUAAUGAUCUAAGUAAAGCGAGAAUUGUCGUUGGUCAUAAUGUUUCAUAUGAUAGAGCUAAAGUUAAAGAACAGUAUUGGCUUGAAAGAACAGGUGUACGUUUUAUGGACACGAUGUCGAUGCACACGUGUGUCAGUGGUGUGACAAGCUACCAGAGAGCAGUGCUCAAAGCUAAGAACAAAGAGCCUGACCCAUCGGAUGAUAACUGGAUUGAUAUAAGUUCUCUAAACAGUCUCACAGAGGUGCACAAUCUAUACUGUGGUAAGCCGGUAGACAAACAGACCAGAGAUAUAUUUGUGGACGGUACAAUGGAGGACGUGCACGAGAACUUCCACACUCUGAUGGAUUACUGCGCGCGUGACGUCAUCGCUACACAUAAUGUACUCAACAAGUUACUACCGAUGUUUCUAGAAAGAUUCCCACAUCCCGUCACAUUGGCUGGUAUGCUGGAAUUAGGUACAGCUUAUCUUCCUGUAAAUUCAAACUGGCAACAAUAUAUAGACUCAUCUGAUACCAUAUUUGAAGAUCUAAAACUAGAAUCCCGUCAGUUAUUAUCAUUAAAAGCUGAUGAAGCAUGCAAAAUGAUGAUCAACGACGAAUAUAAGAAAGAUCUAUGGAUGUGGGAUCAGGAUUGGUCGACACAGAAUUUAAAAUUAAAAAAACAAACAACUAAAAAGAAAUACAUACAAGAACCGAAUAUAAUAAACAAAGUUCCUGAAGAAACAGAAACUUCAGAUUUUAUAAAUGAAAUUGAAAUAACUAAUACGGAUAAUGUCCAAGAUACGGUUAAAGAUGGUGACAUACUCUGUGAGGAAUAUUUAAGAAUAAUAGAAAACAGAAAAUAUAAUUCUAACCAGCCAGUUACAAUAAAAAUGGAGGAUUUAACCAAAAAGUUUUCAUAUCUCUAUGAAAUGGGAAAAAUGUUGCCAGUAAAAAGACCGUAUUUAGCCGGUUAUCCUGCAUGGUAUAGAAAAUUGUGUACGAAACCAAGCAAAGAUCCCGAUUGGAUACCUGGAGCUAAUAAUAUAACAACUAGUAUGCAGAUAACACCGAAGCUGCUUCGUUUAACGUGGGAAGGUUACCCCUUACACCAUAUUAAGGGUGAGGGCUGGGGCUUCUUGGUGCCGUACAGCAGGUUACUGGAGGAGGUGGAAGAUCAGCCGAGGUUGCCGUUGGAGAAGCUUCUAGAAGCUUGCCCCCUGGUGCAGAUGCCAAAGGAGGUGGAUACAGAACUGUAUGUGCUGCCUAAGACUGUUGAGGAAGAUUUAAGUAGAAAGGCUUAUUAUGCUAGAAAAAAUUACGAUGAUAAAGCAGCAGCUAAUCAGUACCACGGUCUUGGUGUCUGGUGCGGGAUACAGCUGCAAGGUUGCUGUCAUUUCUUGAGGUUGCCACAUAAAGAUGGGCCAAAGUACAAAGUGGGCAAUCCUCUGGCCAAGGACUUUCUUAAUAUGUUCAGUCAGAAUGUGCUCGCGGCGCAGGGGAAUGAAGCUGAAAAGGUGCUAAGUUUUGCGCGUAUGAUGUCGUACUGGCGCAACAACCGUGAACGCAUCCGCGCACAACAGCUCGUAUGGCUGCCCGCGCGCCGCCUGCCGCUGCGCAUGCGCAACCACCGCCAGUAUGGCGCUAUCAUACCGCAAGUUGUCGUCUGCGGGACUCUUACGAGACGUGCGAGCGAGCCGACGUGGAUGACGGCGAGCAAUGCACACGCUGAGCGCAUCGGCUCUGAGCUUCGUGCUAUGGUGCAAGCUCCGCCCGGGUAUCACUUUGUAGGCGCUGAUGUUGACUCACAGGAGCUAUGGAUAGCAGCAUUGCUAGGGGAUAGUACGAUGGGUGUGUGUGGGGGCACGGCAUUUGGGUGGGCAGUGUUGGCGGGCGACAAGUCCCGACAUACUGACUUGCACUCGCUGACCGCCGCCGCCGCGGGUGUUAACAGAGACCAUGCUAAAGUCAUCAACUACGCCAGAAUAUAUGGUGCAGGACAAAAUUUCGCAGAGAGAUUACUGAAACAAUUCAACCCAACAAUGACUAUAUCAGAAGCCAAGAGCAAAGCAGCGAAGAUGUUCAGCUCAACUAAAGGUCGACGCGUAUAUGUGCUAAAAAAGAAAUAUAUGGAGGGUCUUAUUGAUGAAGAUUUAGAGGGAAAGACAGUAGAGAUGUCGGGUUACCAAGCGAUGAGACUUGCGAAACUUAGCGGUAAGAAGGUGGAGGACAUGUUCGAGCGCCCGGUGUGGCUCGGAGGCACUGAGUCUGAUAUGUUUAAUAAAUUAGAAGAGAUCGCUGAUUCAGAAGCGCCAUGUACGGCGUUCCUGGAAGGUCGCCUGUCUCGUGCACUGGAGCAGGCGGGGGGGCGGUGGGCGGGCACGAGGCUCAACUGGGCGGUGCAGAGCGCGGCCGCUGACUUCCUGCAUCUCAUGCUCGUCUCUAUGGCACACCUCGCACCACACGCCAGAUUCUGCCUCAGCUUUCAUGACGAAGUGCGAUAUUUAGUUCCCGAACACUUGAAGUACGAGACAGCGUUAGCUUUGCACAUCACUAACCUCUUCACAAGGGCGUUUUGUUCUCAAAGAGUUGGAAUAUACGAUUUACCACAGUCUGUAGCGUUUUUCACUUCGGUAGAAGUGGAUCAAGUUCUGAGGAAAGAGUGCAAUCUUAGCUGCAUAACGCCUUCUAACCCGCACGGCCUGGAAAAAGGCUACGGCAUACCCAAUGGUGAAUCAUUGACCAUCUUCGACGCUAUUGAUAAGUGUAAAUUAAAUAAAUAA